GAAAGUGGUGGUGACGUGAACACGCUGUUUUCUGGAAAACUACGUGUUACGAAAGAUGAAAAUCCGUACUUUCACCUGACUCCUGGCCGAAGAAAAUAUUCUAGAACAGUUAGCCAACUCGAUGCCACCGGCAACCACUUAGUUUAUUUACACGGCGAUCGUGUAAACGAAUGCCCGAUGAAUGUAAAAUUUGGAAAAUAAACAACACAGAUAGAGAGCAGUGCGACGACGAUAAAAAAGUUAGAUGGUUUUCCACUGGACGGUUGCUAGUAAGUGUCGCAGUGAUGUUCGUGACAAUCCCGAAAAGGAAGAAGAAAGUUAAAGAAGAGGGACAUGUUCGUUUUUUUAUCGAUUCUCGUUUUGGGUUAUUUUCGAUACACGGUUUCUGGAUACGUAGAAAUAGUUGAAAUAACAGGCUGCCACACCUGCAGAUUGAUGUUAACCUGUCGAAGUUUGAACUCCAUCAUCGCCAUUCUCGAUUACAAUUUUGUCGAAGACAUCGUUGACGAAUCUGCGAAUGCAGGAGACCUUGCAGGAAACAGCAGCAUUAGUUUCGCUCCUGCUUACCCCAGGGAUAUACUGAAUCAAAGAUGUUCCGGUUUAAACCUUUGUAGUUUUAUAUUAUCAGAAGACUGCCCUGGUUCGGAAAUUUUCGGCCCAGGAAAUAUAACAAUAAAGUAUGCCUGUGUUACUGAAGACAGGAUCAAGAAGUACUGCAACAGCGACAUAGUCCUGCCGAGCGAAUACACAAAGGACGGUUCGGAAGGAUUCAUUCACAAUCCUGGCUAUCCGAGAUUCUACUCCGGACACAAGGACUGUCGGUGGAGGAUCACCGGAAACGCUGAACAAAGGAUUCGAGUCACGAUCCUGGACAUUUCCCUUAUCGUCGACAACGUGGAAUGCACGGAUGUCCUCGAAAUAANUUUUCUAAUCAUGUUAAGAUAA